AAAGUGAAACACCAACAUGGACUGGAAUCUUUCCACUUUGGUUUCUCCAAGUGACAUAAUCGGUUUCUGAUUAUUCGUAGCCGUCGUGUCACAGCACUGUUGGAUCACUGCUCAGCAUUGACUCGCUCUCCCAUCUCUUCUCUUGCAUCAUAUUUAUAUAUAUCUAUAUAUAUAUAUAUAUAUAUGCUCCUUCAAAUUAAUGAAAACGUAAGCAACCUUUGGAGGGCUUCAAUGGUUGCAUACGUGACAGUGUUUAUAAAAGGCAUACAAGAGGCCAAUUCAUCAUCACACCUGACUCAUAUAUUCGUAUAAGGUGUUUGGUUUGGUCGCCGGCCUUUGAUCUAGGGAAUUCAUGUAGUAACUUGGGACCUAACUCUCAGCAAAAUGCCGCCAUGUCAUCAUCGUCGACAGCUGCAAGACCCAGCAGCAGCGUCGGAGGUGGCGGGCCAUCUCCAAGCCAUCUGCAACUCCCACGGCCUGCCACUUGCCCUGACGUGGGCCCCAUGUCUCCACCAUUCCGGCUGCAUCUCGCCCGUCCAUUCCGCCUCCUUCGCAGCUGAUCAUGACAGCCGCUGCUUUCUCGCAGCUUUCUCCGACCACCAUCUGCUUUCCGCGGCAGACAAAAAACGCUGUUUCACGACGGAAGUCGCCGUCUUCACCAAGUCUAGCCACCCUCUCUCACAUUACGCAAGGAUAUCGGGUCUUCACUCAGCUCUUGCCGUCCCUCUGGUCAGUAGAGCCACCGGCGAGGUGGAGCUUGUGCUCGAGCUCUUCUUUCCCAGAGUAUUCUCCCAGAGGCAGACCCUCGUGACCCAGUUGAACCAGCGGUUCUGGUGCUUUACGCAUCUGGUCGUGGACGAGGAGCUCGCCCAAGAAGUGAUCUUUGCGACUAAGCAACCAACCCUUGUACAGGAGAGUUGCCCUAAAGACGUGUCCCUCUCGUGGGAGUGUCAGAGAGAAGAAGAGUUCAAGCUCACAAGCGGAGGGGAGGGAGAAUCGUCAUCCUCUUGGGUUUAUAAUAACACUGUGGACAGGAAGAGAAGAACCAAAGUGGAAAAGGAGAUUACCUUGGAGGUUCUGAGACAACACUUCGCCGGAAGCCUAAAAGACGCGGCUAAAAGCAUUGGCGUGUGUCCGACAACGUUGAAAAGGAAAUGCAGACAACAUGGGAUAAAAAGGUGGCCGUCGAGGAAGAUAAAGAAAGUGGGGCAUUCGCUGAGAAAGCUGCAGGUGGUGAUGGACUCCGUAAAAGAAGUUGAAGGCUCUCUUCACUUUACUUCCUUCUACUCCACUUUCCCUCACAUCGCCGCCAAAUCCCGGCCACCCUCCUCUUCCUCCUCUCCCGACACGUCAUCAACCUCCACCUCUACCCAUUCCAACAUUGACCCACAAGAGAUUUCUCCUAGCCCGCCAUUAUCAGCGGUGACCGGAAAGGAUUCGAAAGGGAUCAGAGUGAAGGCCACUUUCGGAGAAUCCCAAGCGAGGAUGAGACUGCAACCGCAUUGGCAACUCAAAGAUCUGCGCCUAGAGAUCGCUCGGCGUUUCUCCUUUGAUGUUUCCUCUAACUUUAGUCUCAAGUAUCUUGACGAUGAUCGGGAAUGGGUUCUACUCACGUGUGACGCCGAUCUCGAGGAAUGUAUAGAUAUAAGCAGGUCAUCGCCCUCGUCUCGGAGAGAGACCAUCAGACUCUUAGUUCAUCAGAACCCACCCCCAUAACCAAACCCUGUAAUACGAGUUAUGCUGUAUACAUAUACGGUGUUGAAGCAAGCGUGCAUUAAUCAUAGGAACAUCAACUUGUUGCCCUUUCUUGAUUUCAAUUUUAUGUAAAUCUUGUUUAUGUGGGGAAUUAUUUAGUUUGUUGGAGAUGUAAAUACUUCCCUUUGGAUCGUCACAAUGAUGAUAAAGGAAUAAUAAAAGCAUGAUUUCUUACAA